AUGGCGGAAGAGGAAGAAAAUGUGAACAAAAAGGUAAAUUACACUAUUUUUUAUCAUAUUUUCUUUAUUUUCUUUGGUUUUAAACUUAAUUUUGCUAUAACAUGUAGUGUAAUAUAAGUUUUACGAUCUUAUGUUGCAUUAUAUUUGUAAAUUGUUGUUUUAGAUUGGUGAUUUACUUCGACAAGCCAGAUUGCCAAGGAGAAAAGAUGGUGAAGAGAAGCCGCCAAUUAGUUAUUUGGAAGAAGCUCAGAAUCUUAUCUUCUCGGAAUCUGAACUUUCAUUGUUGGACAACUUUUUGGACGAGAUGUUGGAGUUCCUGUCGGAGCGAGCUGACCCAGAGUUUUGUAAAUUCACUUUGGGGUUUAUAGAGAAGGCUGUGUAAGUUAUUUUAGUUUUGCUUUGAUUUUUAGGCUUAAACUCGAAGUCGAAAGCUGUUACCAUGGAUAAUAUAGCUUUGUGACGUAAAUUUGGCCAUAACUUUGUAUUAUUUCAGAGAAAAAGAUCCAGAUGUGUUGAAGAAGAUUACCCACAAUCUAAACUAUGUUUUACAUGAGAAAACCGCAUUUUCGGAUCAAGUCCAGAAGCGUGCUAUAGCUGUUUGUUCGAAUAUCUACCCAAAUGUGCUCAAGUUUGCGUAUGAACGAAAAAAUGAUUCCGAAGCUCAAAAAACCUGGAAUAUGUUUAACCUGGUUAAAGCUAGGAUUUUAGCAUUUAUUGACAGUGAAGAUGAGGGCUUUAGGAUAUACUGUGUCAAGUUCAUGGAGACUGUUAUAUUGACUCAAAGUAGUCGAAGCGAUUUUAGUGUGGUUACAGUGGGUUUUUUAUAUUUUUUUGAUUAUUUUAGGAUUAGUAGCUCUAAUUUUAUUCAUUUUAUCAAUAUUUUUAACAAAAUUAGAAAACAUUUUUAAAUUUUUACUUCUUUGAUCUUAUCCUAGACAUCAAUUCCAAGCUGAAUAAUAUGAAAAUACUGUUUAGGAGUAUCAAAAGCGUUUUGAUUUAACGGGGUUAAGCCUAAUAGAUCAUCGAUUUAUAUCUCAACGUCAAAUGGAAAGUGAAAUGAAUCAUAUCUUCUCAAGGCUUAUCGACGAACUAAAUUCGUCUACUAUAACAUCUCAAACGUUAUUGAUUAUUCUUCAAGUUUCUUGUAAUAUUGCUAAGCAAAGGCCUGAACGAAUGACACAGGUAUUUUAGUGUUUUAGGCUUGUUUUAUUGUAGUUUUAACUAAAAUUGAUUUUAGAUAACUUUUUUUCGGAUAUUUUUUUAGCUUUAGGCCGACGUUUGGCACUUUUAAGGCAAAUGAAUUUAACAUAUUUUAGGUAAUAAGUACCCUAGAAUCUCUUCACAUCAAUCUUCCGCCCACAUUAGCUACGCAUCAGGUCAAAUCGUUGAGGAAAGAGCUGAGGUAUCACAUGUUGAAGAUGCUCAAACAUCCGAUCAACUUUUCUCAUCAUCCACGACUACAACAUCUACUGACCGAGUUGGGAUGUUCACAAAGCGAAAUUGAAAGGAAUAUGCCUCAACGAGCGGAAGUUGCAGCAGUGUUGCAAAAAAGAACGGCAUUGGCGAGGGCUGCCGCUGGAGCCGCGCAUCAAGCUGGACCCUCAACUUCAAAGGACAAAAAGAACGGGGAUGGAACUAAUGAUGACUCUAAGAAGUUUAGGGUAGGUUUUUGGAGGUUUAUUAAGGUUUUUUUGAAUGGGUUUUAUCUUUUAUGAUAAAGAGUUUUAGAGUUAUAACUAAAUUUAUAUUGUACUGCCCACUAGGUGUGGGUCGUAGGGUUAUGUUUUUUAUUUUUGGCAAGUUUUUGAUCUUGAUAACUUUAGAUAUUUCACUAUAAGAUAACAUAGAGUCUUUCAAAUUUGGAGUGUUUUAGGCUUUAAAAUUAACUGGUGUUUGAGAUACAGCUUAUUUUAUAUUAUCAUAAGCAUUAAUUGUCGAUUUUUUAAAAAAUUUUUGAGUUAAUAGUUAAAUAAUAGUGUAGAAAAAGGUUUUAUAGGACCUUAUGUAAUGAUAAGAUGUGUUAUAGUGUUUAAAAUAGCAGAAGUUAUGAGAUUUGUCUAAAAUUAUCUUAUACUAGCCAUCAACUGUGAUUAUAGUCAAUUGUUUGCUAUUUUUGAUCACUUAAAGCCUAAAAUUGAUUAAGAAAUGACAUUUUUAAAUAACUUACAACUUCAAAAGCUUUAUGUUUGUAUUUUCAGCUCAACGACGACGACUAUUUGGACGAAGGAACGGCUGAAAUCCUUCGUGGAGCCGAUGGAAACAAAGAUUUGGCAGAUGCCUCUCAAAAAGCAGUCGAUAUAACAACGGAUUAUGUUUUCGACAGACUAUCACUGAAUGUAGUGGUAAAGCUGGUGUCAAUUUCUUUAUUCACAUUACCUGACGAAAUGCCACCAGCCUUCCAAUCGACUUACACUCGGAUCGAUAAUGCUGGAACAGAGGAGCAGAAGAAGUACUUGGCCAAAAUCAUUGCCAUGCAGUUGACAAAAGAAGGCAUUGGACCGGGAAUCACGUUCAUUAGGGAGCAGAAACAACAACAGUACUUGGGUAAGGGUAAAAUACGAGUUCUUGUAUACCAAUAGCUUGGCUUAGGCGAUUUUUUUUAAAUUAAAAAAAAUUUUUAAAAUUAAAAAAUUUUUUUUUGAAAUUUAAAAAUUUUUUAAAUAGUUUAAGUCUUGAAUAAUGAAAAAACUUUUCAGCACGUCAAUCAGCACGUAUGGAAGGUGCUGUAAUUCCACCAACGCCCGGUAGAGAAGAUAAACUAGAAGGACCUUCGACUUCCACUACGGAUGAAGACAAAUUUGUACGACCUUCGGUAAGUUUCUAAUUUUAUUUUUGAAGUUUUUUAAUUUUAAAAAAUUAUAUAAUUUUGAUUUUAAAAAAUUGAUUAAAUUUUUUUAUCAAAAAAAUGACGCAAUUUUUUGUAUAAUUUUAAAAAAUUUUGUUAAGAAAGUUAUUGCGGUUUUAAUUUUUUUUUGGAAACCAGUGUUUUUCUAUUCGUAUUUUACAAAAAAAACUCAAAAAAUAGCGAUAAAACAAGCAAAAAGACCACUGUGUUUCUGUAGUGUAGAGGUAAUGAGUUAGACAUGAAGCGCGAAUGCUCGCGGGUUCGAAUCCGCGUGCCGACUAGUUGAUUCCCCGCUUUCAGUCGAUGAAAAUGGGAGUGCAGAGGGUUGGCAAAGCGAUUGCGUGGACUAUCCAGGAUACCGGUCGACUCAUGCCGGCUUCCUCUACGAACCCAUGUACAUUUUUGGCGGUUUGAUAAGAUUUUGAUUUUUUUUUGCGAAAAAAUAGCAAGAACUUUUUGUUCAAAACGAAAAAAGACAAGAACUUUCUUUACAAGACAGAAAAUGACAAGAACUUUGUUUACAAAACAGAAAAUGGCAAGAACUUUCUUUACAAAACAUAAGAAUUAUAUUCAUCGUACAGCUUGUCACCCGCAGCUUGCAAACCGUAACGUAGCUUGUUUUGAUUCAAAUGGCAAUAACUUUUUUUACAAAAUAAGAAAUGUCAAAAAUUUUCUUUGCGAAGAAUGUCAAAAUUAUUUCUUCUGUUUAACUGAUUAAAAUGAAAACUUUUCCAGCUUCCAAAGAAGUCACGAAUCACCCAAUGGGAUAUUCUCCGAAACACCAAGGAACUCCUCCUGCCCCAGGCUCAAAACCUCUCCCUAAUGGCGUUUCAACGCAUCAUGGACAACGAACGACGAGCCAAUCAAGGCGGCGCUUUCCUAGCUCAACAUCAACUUCUAACCCGCCUGGCAACUCGAUAUUUGUCCAAAACUCACGAGCAAUUUACUGAAAUGCUGAUCGAGUACAUCAUUGCUGAUCAGAAGAAUCGAGCCGAACUGGCAUUACUAUGGCUAAAUGAACUUUUCAUACAGUACGGGGGGUAUACGGUGGUUUUGAAUAGUAAAGGUGAACCAGACGUAAAAGAGAAGUAUGUGAGGUACGAUACGGCAUUGUGCUCGAUAUUGGGAUUGUUGUUCAAUCGAAAGGACAACAAGGAAACGUGAGUUUGAAGUUUGUGGAUUGAGGACGGGUGCGGUAGGGGAGCAUCUUUAUGCAGAUUUAAGUUUUAAAAUGAUUUUGGCAAAGACUUUCUUUACAAAACAGAAAAUGGUUUUUCAUCGUAUAACUUGUCGCUCGCAGCCUGCAAAACUAAAAAAGUGAAUUCUUAUAAUAAAAAUGGCAAGAACUUUCUUUACAAAACAAUAUAUGACAAAAACUUUCUUUAAAAAUCAAAAAAUCGCAAGCACUUUCUUUACAAAACAAAAAAUGGAAAGAACUUUUUUUACAAAUCACAAAAUGACAAGAACUUUCCUUACGAAACAAGAACUGGCAAAACCUUUCUUUACAACACUAAGCUUCACAAUUUUCAGCUUGUUCCAUCGAAUCCUCCUCGAAGUUCCACUAGUCACCCCAGCCGCCUUAACCUGGCUGAAAAAGUCCUGUUUAGACCCGAUUUACGGUGCUUUUGGUAUGACCACAUUGAGAGAAAUGAUCCUAACCAGGCCGAGACAACGCUCCGAGCUUCUGAAGCUGUUCCUCUCGUUUUCUUACUACGAACCGGUGGUUUCGGCCGAAAGAAGUGGUCAAGUCGUCUAUGAUGCUAGGGAUAAUGUAAGGGUUUUAAGGGGUUAAAGGGAGUGUUUGACUGGAUUUUAAACAGUUUGGAAAAUUUAAUUGGCAAUGGUACCUAUAUCUAUGUUUGUCCAAAAAUAUUACAAGAACUUUCUUUACAAAAUAAAAAACACAUUUUUUACCGUAUAAAUUGUCACCAGCAGCCUGGAAAGCCAUAAAAUAGCUCGGUUUGGCAGAAAUUCCAAGAACUUUCUUUACAAAACAAAAAAUGGCAAGAACUUUCUUUACAAAACAAAAAAUGGCAAAAACUUAUUUUCCGACACAAACAUUUUUUUAUUAAAAAACUUCAGUGUGUAACAACAGCGAAAGAGCUUUAUGUAGUAGACUACAUCCGAGACGAUCUCCGCGAUGCCAUUGUGGAAAUGAGCUACCAACUCACCUCACCAACCGCGCCAAAAGAAAUAGUGGUACAAGUGAGACGACUAUCGAACGAAGAAGCCGACCUUCUAGAAGACGACACGCCAUGGGAUGAGUCACUGGUCAAAGCAGUAAUCCAUUUACUAGUAACCCUACUACCGUCCGAUGACAGUCUACUGAAACAUUUGGCCGAAAUUACGGCUAAAACAACCAAGGACGCACAAAGAACGAUAUUCAACUGCAUUGUGCAAGGCAUCAAAGCUAUUGAUAUGCACUCACAAGCACUCUUGGACACGAUUGAGAAUUGUCCACCUGGAGCCGAGAUCCUGAUUGCUAGGAUUGUGAAUUUGUUAACGGAGAGAAGUAAGGACAAUAUAAGGAUUUUUGAAAUUUUAAAAAGUUUUUUUGAGGCGAAUUUUUGAAAUUUUAGUUUUGAAGCUAGGGCGCAGCUAGAAAAUUUUAAUUGAAAAAUUUUGGAUUUUGAAAACUAAUGCGCAUGAAAAAUAGCAAAAUUUUUCCUUCAAAGCGAAAAAUGCUUUUGAUAGUAUAACUUGUCACCCGCAGCCUGCAAGACGUAAAAUAGCUUUUCUUGAUACGAAUGGCAAGAACUUUCUUUACAAAACGAAAAAUGCUUCGUGUCGUAUAACUUGUCACCUGCUGCAGGUUCAUAUCAAGAAAAGCUUUUGUAAAAAAGCUUUUCUUGAUAUGAAUGGCAAGAACUUUCUUUGCAAAACAUAAAAUGGAAAGAACUUUCCUUAUAAAACAAAAAAUAGCAAAAACUUUCUUUACAAAGGAAAAAAGGGCAAUAACUUUUUUUACAAAACAAAAAAAGACAAGGACUACAUACUAUAAUAUUAACCUGUUGCGUAUUUUACAAGAAAAAAUGGAAAAAAAUCUUUAUAAACUAAAACUAUAAGUCAUCAUAUUAAUUUUCUCAUCCACAAGUCUCAAAACAUUAAUUUUAAAAUUUCAGACGCUCCAACCCAAGAACUGGUGGCCAAAGUCAGAAAUCUUCACAAUAAACGUAAUACGGACAUAAGGUCCCUGUUACCAGUAAUUACCGGUUUUGAUAAGGAAGAGCUGCUCAAUUUGAUACCUAAAUUCGUGAUGAAUGCGACAUAUCACAAGUCUGUGCCGAUAUUCUUUAAGAAAUUGUUAUAUGGAAGGCAUAUUCAAACACACGAACCAUUGUUGAGUCCAGUAGAACUGCUGAUUGAACUACAUCAUUGUGAACCGAGGGGCAUGAUCGAAAUGGGCCAUCUUGUUCAUAGUAAGGGGGUUUUAAACAGUUUUUGAUUUGUUGGGAGAAAAGGGUUUUGGGUUACUGUAUGGUUACUGUAAUAUAAAUUUGUUGGGUUUUUGGCUGACUAAACCCUACAUCCCCUACCCCCUAUCCUCUACCCCCUAUCCCUUACUUCCUCUACCCCCUACCUCCUACCCCCUACCCCCUACCUCCUAACCCCUAUCUUCUACCUCCUAUCUCUACCCUUACUAAUAUCUUACUUUGACGUACAUUAUAAUAUCUGUAAAGCUUUAGUAAUUUACCAACUAUUCCUUUUCAGACACCGACCUCCUACUGGUCGAUAAAACCGGUCUCUUCCAGCUGGGCAAAGAAGUGGUGGCACAAGCCAUCGAACUCUUACUAAACGAAUACCCAAUCUCAAAACUCCUCCACCAUUCCCUCCAGAAGAUUUACGAACGAUACCCAUCGCUGAAGAACUUUAUCAUCAACAUGGUGAAGAACAUCACGGAACGGCACGAGUACGACGAAGAACUCCAGAAACUCGUGGUCAAACUUGAAGGCCAACGAGACCCACUGACAGUUCAGAACUAG